ACGCCGACGAUGGACGACGAGGCCGAGAUGAGACGGAUCGCAAUCCAGAAUUUGUUCGCAGCGUACGCCGCCAAACAGGUGGAAAUCUCGAAGCAGUACGACACGAACCGCAAGAAGCGCUGCAAGAUCUUCCUGCAGCGCCUACGCUACCAGCUGAAGCGGAAUGGCGAGCAGCAUCAGAAGGAGUGGAGCGAAAUGCUGCGGGAGCAGCUACUGGACAGUGUACCGACGCGAAAGUUUUGGAAGCUGAACCGAAGCGACCAAUGGUACCGGAACAUGUUCGAGAGCGAGGAGGACAAUGCGGAGCAGCUGUUUGAGCACUUCCGGCUAGAUCGGCCCACGUACGAUAUGCUGGUUGAGGCACUGAACCCGGACAUGGCUCCGCACCCGCUGCUCGUGUCGCAAUCCUGCAGCACGGAGAAGAAGGUGGCCGUUGCGAUUUACAAGCUGAUUCACGGAUCCGAUUACGCUACGGUUGGCGAACAGUUCGGGGUGCACAAGGCCACGGUGAAAAAUUGUCUGUUUCAGUUCUGCAAAUCCAUGGUGAAGUACUUCAUGGACGUUGAGAUUGCUCUGCCGACCACAGACGAAGCGUUGGAAAUAAGCAGUGCGUUCGAGGAGAAGUGCGAUCUACCCAUGGUCAUAGGUGGCCUCGGUCUGUUGCACAUUCCCAUCACGCCUCCCGGGGCCGAAUCGAAGAAUUAUCAAAACCCCAAAAAGUGGUCUUCGCUUACACUGCAAGCCGUGGUCGAUCACAACUUGCUCUUUAGGCACAUUACCUGUGGGCAUAUUGGUUGUACCGAAGAAUCGAUCGUGCUGACCGAUUCCGGGUUGUAUCAGCACUUUGAGAAUACUGAAAUGCCUGCUCAGAUGAUUAAUGGCAAUCCGGUGCAGGGUUACAUCGUGACGGAUCCAACGUAUCCGUUGCUACCCUGGCUUAUGCAUGCUUACACUCCAUCGAGCAACCCAGUCACGGCCGAGGAGCAAACGUUCAACGAGCAUCUUGCGAAGGCUAAGGCAGUGGUGGAGCAAGCGUUCACCAGGAUGAGGGCACGGUUCGGAAUCCUGCAGCGCAAGAUAGACAUCGACAUCAACUUUGUGCCACAGAUCCUGCUCACCUGUUGCAUACUGCAUAAUAUCUUGGAAAAGCGAAAGAUAAAAUUCGACGACAAUUGGAUAGAACAGAUGGCGGCCGCUGAUCAAAAGUACCCUCAACCGGACGCUUCCAUAGUGACCAACUACAUAACUUCGGUCGAAGGUGAAGCUGUGCGGGACCUGCUGAAGGACCACAUUCAGUCAAAGUACACGCUCUUCCGUUCGAUAGACUACAGCCAGGUGUACUUCAUCAAUGAUCCGAACCAAUGAGGGCCGAUGGCGAACGGUUGCUGCCCUCUUUUGUUUAGAAAUAUACUAACUACGUAACUCCUAGACCAAUUCCAA